CACGGUUCUACGACGACGAAAUCCUAACCCUCCAGCACAUACCGACCACCCACAGGCAGGACAAAAUGAAGUUCCUCAAGGUCGGCCGAGUCGCCAUCAUCACCCGAGGCCGAUAUGCCGGCAAGAAGGUCGUCAUCAUCCAGCCCGUCGACAACGGCAACAAGCCUCACCCCUUCGGCCACGCCAUCGUUGCCGGCAUCGAGCGCUACCCCUCAAAGAUCACCCGCCGCAUGUCCAAGACCCGACAGGAGAAGCGCAACAAGGUCAAGCCCUUCAUCAAGGUCAUCAACUACAACCACCUGAUGCCCACGCGAUACACCCUUGAGCUCGAGGGCAUCAAGGGUACCAUCUCCGCAGACACCUUCAAGGAGGUCAGCCAGCGGGAGGAUGCCAAGAAGACUGUCAAGAAGGUUCUGGAGGAGCGAUACACCAGCGGCAAGAACCGAUGGUUCUUCACCCCUCUGAGAUUCUAAAUUAAAAAUCGUUUUCUCCAUCACGGUUUGGGAGUUGGCGGGAUGUAAAGAGCAUCGAUUGGUACUUUUAAGGAACCACGGUCGGUUCAUGGGCUCAAUAUGAAGUUCAUUAUCAAUUAUUCACAAUAUUUUCUUUACUACGUGAAUGUCUCGUUGCCAGUGACGUGGGACUCGAAAGCGACAAAAUGAACUGGAGGGAAACACGAUUACGCCAGUGUCCAACUGACACUGCUCAUGAAUGGCACGAAAGAGGAGAGAAAGAUAGACCGUUUGGCUUGUAGCUACACCAAUUGAUUUUUUCUGCAUCCUAAAAA